AUGGAGACUGUGGCUAAGCCAGGAUUGUGCUGCACCCCAGGAUGUACAGGGCAGUGCAAGGUGUGUGUGGUGGGGUUCCAUGGCACCCCAAGGUGUACAGGGCAGUGCAAGGUGUGUGUGGUGGGGUUCCAUGGCACCCCAAGGUGUACAGGGCAGUGCAAGGUGUGUGUGGUGGGGUUCCAUGGCACCCCAAGGUGUACAGGGCAGUGCAAGGUGUGUGUGGUGGGGUUCCAUGGCACCCCAAGGUGUACAGGGCAGUGCAAGGUGUGUGUGGUGGGGUUCCAUGGCACCCCAAGGUGUACAGGGCAGUGCAAGGUGUGUGUGGUGGGGUUCCAUGGCACCCCAAGGUGUACAGGGCAGUGCAAGGUGUGUGUGGUGGGGUUCCAUGGCACCCCAAGGUGUACAGGGCAGUGCAAGGUGUGUGUGGUGGGGUUCCAUGGCACCCCAAGGUGUACAGGGCAGUGCAAGGUGUGUGUGGUGGGGUUCCAUGGCACCCCAAGGUGUACAGGGCAGUGCAAGGUGUGUGUGGUGGGGUUCCAUGGCACCCCAAGGUGUACAGGGCAGUGCAAGGUGUGUGUGGUGGGGUUCCAUGGCACCCCAAGGUGUACAGGGCAGUGCAAGGUGUGUGUGGUGGGGUUCCAUGGCACCCCAAGGUGUACAGGGCAGUGCAAGGUGUGUGUGGUGGGGUUCCAUGGCACCCCAAGGUGUACAGGGCAGUGCAAGGUGUGUGUGGUGGGGUUCCAUGGCACCCCAAGGUGUACAGGGCAGUGCAAGGUGUGUGUGGUGGGGUUCCAUGGCACCCCAAGGUGUACAGGGCAGUGCAAGGUGUGUGUGUUUGGGUUCCAUGGCACCCCAAGGUGUACAGGGCAGUGCAAGGUGUGUGUGUGUUUGGGUUUCACAGCACCCCAAGGUGUACAGGGCAGUGCAAGGUGUGUGUGUGUUUGGGUUUCACAGCACCCCAAGGUGUACAGGGCAGUGCAAGGUGUGUGUGUGUUUGGGUUUCACAGCACCCCAAGGUGUACAGGGCAGUGCAAGGUGUGUGUGUGUUUGGGUUUCACAGCACCCCAAGGUGUACAGGGCAGUGCAAGGUGUGUGUGUGUUUGGGUUUCACAGCACCCCAAGGUGUACAGGGCAGUGCAAGGUGUGUGUGUGUUUGGGUUUCACAGCACCCCAAGGUGUACAGGGUGUUGCAGGGGGAGGCAUGGGGCACUGAGCCAUUCAGGGGAACCACGCUGUACCCCAGGUCCUGCAGGGCAUUGCUGAGUGGGGGGG